AGACAUGUAAAGCCGGCCGAAAGGAGCGCGGGCAGCAGCGGCCGUGGAGCUCUCCGUAGCUGGACGCCGGCAGGAGGGAAUAAAAGAGGAGAGAAAAAGAAGAAGAAGCAACAGCAGAGGACGAGUGGAGGGGGCAAACCGACCAUGCACGCGCUGCUCUGGGCUGUACUGUGCCUGCUGCCUGACCUGGCGCAUGCAGUCGUCACGGCGGACUCGAGGAAAGCAGCCCCAUCGCACCCGCAGCUUGGCGCCUAUCAAAUCGUGACUCCCGCGCGCGUGGACGAGGCCGGCGAGCCGCUGCCCGCGAGCGCGCACUUCAAACGCAGGAGGAGGAGCGUCGAGGCGCCUGGAGAGCACGAGCACUGGAUCACGGAGCGCGUGCACUACCGCAUCGCCGCCUUCGGCCAGGACUACCGCCUCAACCUGACGCUGGACAGCAGCUUCCUGGCGCCCGCCUACAGCGUCACAGUGCUCGGCUUGGGCGGCGGACGGAACUUCACGGAGGAAGAGGAGGAAGAGGAGGAGGAGACGGCGUACGAGCACUGCUUUUACCGGGGACACGUGAAUGCGCACGCGGAGCACACUGCUGUGAUCAGCCUGUGCUCCGGUCUGCUUGGCACUUUCAGGUCGUCAGAAGGGGAGUAUUUCGUGGAGCCCCUGCACAGCUACGACGGUGAACAUUAUGAAGAAGAACACAUCAAACCUCAUAUCGUCUACAGAAAAGAUGCACACAAGAGUGCCGAAGAAGACGCAUCCGCAUGCAAUGCUUCAGGUCAUGAGCAGACACAAAGGGUACAGGGGGGUGAGGAGGAGGGCAGGACGUCUCCCAGCAUGCCGUCCGACCUGGAGGCUCUCAGCGCGGGGGUCUCCUCUGGCCCCUUCUCCUCAGCGGAAAACCAGCAGCUCCCGGCUAACGGCAGCAGUGACUCAGGACCUCACCGGAGAUCAAAGCGCUUCCUCUCCUACCCGCGCUUCGUGGAAGUCAUGGUGGUUGCCGACUCCAAGAUGGUGGAACACCACGGGAGCAACCUCCAGCACUACAUUCUCACACUGAUGUCAAUCGUUUCCUCAAUCUAUAAGGAUCCCAGCAUUGGCAACCUGAUUAACAUCGUCGUCGUGAAGCUGGUCAUCAUAAACAAUGAGUUGGAAGGUCCUGUGAUCUCGUUCAACGCACAGUCCACUUUAAAGAACUUCUGUAUAUGGCAGCAGGGUCAGAACCACCUCGACGACAACCAUCCCAACCACCACGACACGGCCAUCCUCAUCACCAGGCAGGACAUCUGUCGAGCCCGGGACAAGUGCGAUACCUUAGGUCUUGCGGAGCUGGGCACAGUGUGUGACCCCUAUAGAAGCUGCAGCAUCAAUGAAGACAAUGGCCUCAGUACUGCUUUCACCAUCGCUCAUGAGCUCGGCCAUGUGUUCAACAUGCCCCAUGAUGACAAUUAUAAAUGUAAGGAGGACGGGGUUAAGAAUCAGCAGCAUGUGAUGGCCCCCACGCUCAACUACUACACCAACCCCUGGAUGUGGUCCAAAUGCAGCAGGAAAUACAUCACAGAGUUCCUCGACACAGGGUAUGGGGAGUGUUUACUCGACGAGCCCGUAUCUAGGCCAUACACUCUGUCCCAGCAGCUGCCCGGACGGAUAUACAAUGUCAAUAAACAAUGUGAACUCAUAUUUGGGCCUGGGACGCAGGUGUGCCCAUAUAUGACGCAGUGUCGAAGGCUGUGGUGCACCAGCCCAGAGGGAGCUCAGCGUGGCUGCCGAACCCAGCAUAUGCCCUGGGCUGACGGGACUGACUGCGCUCCCGGAAAGCACUGCAAACAUGGCCUGUGCAUCCCAAAGGAGCAUGACUCCAUGCCAGUAGAAGGAGCAUGGGGUGUUUGGAGUCCCUUUGGCUCCUGCUCGCGCACCUGCGGAGGGGGGAUAAAGAUUGCCGUCCGGGACUGCAACCGACCCCUGCCCAGAAAUGGGGGUAAGUACUGCGUUGGACGUAGGAUGAAGUUCCGCUCCUGCAACUCUGAGCCAUGUUCUAAGCAGGACCAAGACUUCAGAGAGGAGCAGUGUGCCACCUUCAACGGGCGCCAUUUCAACAUCAACGGUCUACCUCCAAACGUGCGCUGGGUGCCCAAGUACAGCGGCAUUCUAAUGAAGGAUCGCUGUAAGCUCUUCUGCAGAGUGGCCGGCAGCACAGCCUACUAUCAGCUCAGGGACCGCGUCAUCGACGGCACGCCAUGUGGCCCCGACACCAACGACAUAUGUGUGCAGGGCCUGUGCAGGCAAGCGGGAUGUGACCAUGUUUUGAACUCCAAGGCCAGGAGAGAUAAAUGCGGAGUGUGUGGGGGAGACAACUCCUCCUGCAAGACUGUAGCAGGCACUUUCAACACAGUGCACUAUGGUUACAACGUAGUGGUGCGUAUCCCCAGCGGUGCUACUAAUAUCGACGUGCGACAGCACAGCUACUCAGGGAAACCACAGGAUGAUAACUACCUCGCCGUGGCCAACAGUCGUGGAGAAUAUUUACUCAACGGAGAUUUUGUGGUCAGCAUGUUUAAAAGGGAAAUCAAAGUAGGGAACGCCAUUAUAGAGUACAGCGGCUCUGACCACGUGAUCGAGAGAAUCAACUGCACUGACCGCAUCGAGGAGGAGAUCGUCGUCCAGGUGCUAUCUGUAGGUAACCUCUACAAUCCAGAUGUCAGGUAUUCCUAUAACAUCCCCAUAGAGGAUAAGACUCAGCGGUUUAUCUGGGAUGCGUACGGCCCGUGGCAGGAGUGUAGCCGCCUGUGCCAAGGUGAACGUAAGAGGAAGAUCCUGUGCAGUCGUGAGUCUGACCGUGUGGUGGUUUCAGACCAGAGGUGUCACGGCUCACCUCGACCUGCCGCCAUCACAGAACCAUGCAACACAGACUGUGAACUCAGGUGGCACAUCGCCCGUAAGAGUGAGUGUACAGCUACGUGCGGACUGGGCUACCGCACCCUGGAAAUCUACUGUGCAAAACACAGCCGAACCGACAGCAAAACCCAGAAGGUUGACGACCGAUACUGCAGCAACCAGCGCAAGCCUGAUGACAAGGAGGUUUGCCAUGGAGACUGUAACCCUGGAGGCUGGGAAUAUUCACCCUGGUCAGAGUGCUCUAAAAGCUGCGGAGGUGGAACACGACGCCGGAGCGCGGUGUGCGGAAAGUCGUCUGAGGAUGAUGAUGAUGAGAGCAAAUGCAACUCGAGAGACAAGCUCACUGUCCAGCCCUGCAAUGAGUUCCUGUGUCCACAGUGGAAGACUGGGGACUGGUCAGAGUGCCUUGUGACAUGUGGAAAGGGCUACAAGCACCGGCAGACAUGGUGUCAGUUUGGAGAGGACCGGCUAGACGACCGUUUCUGUGACUCGUCCAAACCGGAAUCAGUGCAAGCAUGUCAGCAGCAGGAAUGUGCGUCCUGGCAGGUCGGACCCUGGGGACAGUGUACCACCACAUGUGGUCCUGGCUAUCAGAUCAGAGCAGUGAAGUGUGUGGUGGGCUCGUACGGCUCCGUCAUGGACGACACCGAAUGUAACGCUGCGACGCGGCCGACUGACACGCAGGACUGUGAAAUCUCUCAGUGUCCCGUCACCCAUCCUGUUUCUCCGGAGACAAAAGUGGUGCCUCAUCCUGGCCAUAAAACACAGUGGCGCUUUGGAUCGUGGACUCAGUGUAGCGCCACCUGCGGGAAGGGCACGCGAAUGCGCUAUGUGAGUUGCCGUGACAACCAGGGUGGUGUGGCGGACGACUCGGCCUGUGCUCACCUGCCCAAACCCCCGGCCCGAGAGGUCUGCUCUGUAGGGGCCUGCGGUCAGUGGAAGGCCUUAGAAUGGACUCAGUGCUCCGUUUCAUGUGGUCAGGGCAAAGCUACUCGGCAGGUGCUGUGCGUGAACUUCAGUGACCAGGAUCAGGUGGUGGACAUGAGCGAGUGCGACCCCGACGAUCGUCCUGCGACGGAGCAGGAGUGCAACAUGGCCCAGUGUCCGUCUCGCUCCAGCGACCACGGGGGCUUCCCCCCCAGCCCGGAUAGCCGUAAAAGAGUCCCGCCCAGCGGCCGGGCGGACCGAAACCGAGGCCGCCCGCACCAGUGGAGGACUGGACCAUGGGGAGCGUGCUCGAGCACGUGUGCCGGUGGAUUCCAGCGCCGUGUGGUGGUUUGCCAGGACGAGAACGGCUAUCCUGCUAACAACUGUGAUGAGAGCAUCCAGCCUAUAGAGCAGCGGUCUUGUGAGUCCGGACCCUGUCCACAGUGGGUGUACGGCAGCUGGAGCGAGUGUUCGAAGCCCUGCGGUGGGGGAAUAAAGACGCGGCUGGUGGCCUGUCAGCGGCCCAACGGGGAGCGCUUUAACGACCUGAGCUGUGAAAUUCUUGACAAACCGCCGGACCGAGAACAGUGCAACACGCAGUCCUGCUCGGCCAAUCCGCACUGGAGCACGGACCCGUGGAGCUCGUGCUCCGCCUCCUGCGGGAGAGGGUACAAGUACCGUAACGUGACCUGCGUCGGCCACUCCGGGGAGCCGGUCCCGGAGGAGAACUGCCGGCACCUGUCCCACCCCCAAAAGCAGAGGCGAUGCAGAGGUGGGCGCUGUCCCAAGUGGAAGACGAGUGCCUGGGAAGAGUGUUCAGCCUCGUGUGGUGCCGGCGUGCAGCGGAGAGAGGUUUAUUGUCAGAUUGGAGAUCAGCACAGGACGCCGGACUCAGAGUGCUCCCGGUCCCCCCGCCCACUGCCCACCCAAACCUGCCGACUGGAGGACUGUCCCGCACAUUACAGAUGGAGUCAGGGAGAGUGGCAAGCGUGUAGCAAAACAUGUGGCUCUGGCCGCCGCCGUCGGACAGUGGUGUGUCUGGAUCACAACGAGCACGAGGUGCAUGAGAUGUACUGCUUGGACCACCAGAGACCAGCAGACACCGAGCUGUGUAACACUCAACCCUGCGAGUUCAUCUGGAUCACAGGAGACUGGACCGAGUGCUCCGUCACCUGUGGCCAGGGCUAUAAGAGGAGGCUGGUGUCCUGCAGUGAAGUGCACGCUGGGAAUGAGAACUAUGAGUAUGGUCACCAGGCAUCAUCAAACUGCCCUGGGACCCCUCCUGAAAGUUACAUGGCCUGCAGUCUGCCCCCCUGCCCUCCUAGCCACACCUGGAGAGUGGGCAUCUGGGGACCUUGCUCUGUGAGCUGUGGUGAAGGCUGGAUGGAGCGCUCAGUGCAGUGUGUUUCAGCAGAAGGGGACCUCAGUGAUGAAUGCCCCACCACUUCCAGGCCGGAGGGCCGUAAGACCUGCAGUAACCCCUCCUGUCAUCUGCCCACCAGCUGCAGGCAUGUGCAGAUCCAGACCGGCAUUGUGUCUGAUGGAGAGCAGGUUCUGAGUGUGCAGGGCAAAGCGCUUAAAAUCUACUGCUCAGAGAUGAACACAGACAAUCCGAAAGAGUACAUCACUCUCACGACUGGAGAGCGCGAGAACUUCUCGGAGGUUUUUGGAUUCAGGCUGUUGGACCCCACGCAGUGCCCAUCCAACCUCAGCAGGAGAGAUGACUGUCAGUGUCGGAGAGACUACACAGCCGCCGGCCUGUCCACCUUCACCCGGGUCAGACUGGACCUCAGCAAGAUGACCAUCAUCACCACAGACUGGACGUACGCUUUCACUCAUGAAGGUCACAAGGUUCCUUUUGCCACUGCGGGAGACUGCUACAGCGCCGCCCGCUGUCCACAGGGUCGAUUCAGGAUCAAUCUCUCAGGAACAGGCUUUCAAGUGGCUGAAAGCACCACGUGGAUUUCCCAAGGGAACUACGCCGUGGCCGACAUCCACAAGUCACAGGAUGGCAGCAGAGUGACAGGAACGUGUGGUGGCUACUGUGGAAAAUGCACUCCCUCCUCCAGCUCCGGCCUUCUCGUUCAAGUCACAUGAGCCACGUUUCGAACAGGACUCUCCUGUGUUGUUUCUCUCUCUGUGGUGCUAAAGGCGAUGAAGAACAUCCUUCUUUCCCCCAACACAUGUAGCAUAUGUACAUAUGUAAAUAACAGAGGUGUAUCUAAUAUACAAAAAUACAUUUAAUUAUUUAUUAUAUUCCACAUUUAUUUUUAUAUUGUGCAGUUAUUUAAAUUCUAACAAAGCCAUGUGUCAUGAACAGCCUUAACAAAAGACUGUUGUGAUGUCAUUCAUCGCGUAAUUGUGCUUUAGUGUAACACAUGACAUGCCCUUCUAAUAAUGUGUGGCUUUAUUUUUAUCAGUAGUUUUUUAGUACUUUUGAUAAUCUGAAGAAGCACGCUAGGGAGCUGCAGUAGUUGGGACUGGAUUGUCUGAGUGCGGGAUGGACAGUAGGCUGGUCAGAUGCUGUCUUAUUACAGUGGGACAGUAAUAAGUUUAAUAAACCUCACUGUCUUGAGCAGAUGGGUUAUUAAGGACUUAGGAAGUGUGAAAUCUAGAAUGCAGCAGAAAAUAGCACAGAAAGUAUAUUUGCGUCCUGCAUCUGCGUGUCGAUGUUCACACGGCUUGGCAGCUGGCCGUUUCAGAGAACUUGCUGAAAGCAGCUGCAUGAUCCAAGGUGAAACCUCAAGGUGGUCCAGGUGCAUGAAGCAGGUGGCCUUGUCCCGGUCUAAGGGAGCGGUGGAUGGAACUGGGGUGACUCUCGGCAGUGUGCAGGCAUUCGGGAUGGCGGAGGGGCAGCUGGAGCGAGUUCAGACAGAAUAGCAGAAGUACGCUUACACACAGGGCGGCAGGAGAUAUAUAUGUAGUGUUGGAGUUAGGGGGUCAGCGCAUGUCUUGAUGGACUAUGUAUAUGUUCAAAUUUCAUCCCAGUCCUUAUAUGGAAACUAAGCUGUGCAGAUAAAAAGCCCAUUUUGAUGUCACAACCAUGAACACAUAUACAUAUGACUGCCCAUGCGCACUGAAGCACAUGGGCAGUCAUAUGUAUAUGUGACUGUCUGUAGGAGUUCUUGGACUGGAUGAUAUGGGAAAUUAAACGUAGUACUGUUCCUGGCUGCCAGGAAGCAAAUUGAUCAUUCCUUACAUCCGAUAGGACUGGCUAAAGUUUAUCAUUUCAGUCUAAACUUGUAAAAACGUUUACAAAAGUUUUACAGAACAGUUUCCACUGAUUUUUCAAAAAAUUUCACAUAAUUCAGUCUUUGUGAUGUAAACAAACUCAUUCAGAGUGCUUUGAUUUUAAAUGGUGCCUUGCAGAGAAAUUAACUGACUCAAAUUUCUUUACAGUGGUGGUGACGGGAACCAGGGGUCACAAUAUCUACAACACAAAACCAUUUUAUUUCAUUUCCAAAACAGCC